AUGGUUUCCGAGGGCACUUCCGCUGCAGGUCGCCUGGAGGGCGAGUCGCCGCUUGCGCUGCGCGUCGAUACUGGCGAAAUUGUCGCGGGAUGCCUCGCCGGUUUUGUGGAACAUUUCUUUAUGUUCCCGUUUGACACUUUGAAGACACGGGUUCAGAGUGGGGACUCGACGAAUGUCAUAUUAGCGGCAAAGCGUAUUUCGCGGAAUGAGCGACUUGCACAUCUUUACCGCGGAUUCGCGCCCAUCAUCGUUUCUGCCGUUCCAGCGCAUGGUGCAUAUUACAGCACAUAUGAGGCUGCGAAGCGUGUCUUUGGUGAGGAUUCCACAGUGUCUAUAACGGUCUCUGCCAGUUGUGCGGUCGCUGCUCAUGACACCAUUUCCACCCCAUUUGAUGUUAUCAAGCAGCGGAUGCAGAUGGACGGGAGCCGGAAGUUUGCUUCAUCGCUUCAGUGUGGUCAAUGUGCAGUUGCGGAAGGGGGCGUGCGGUGCCUUCUCCUCUCUUUGCCCACCACUAUUUUAAUGAACAUUCCACAUUUCUCAGCCUACUGGUUAGUUUAUGAGGGGUUUCUUGCAUACUUGGGUGGUGAGCGGCGCAAUAGGGAAACGGAAGUUGCGGGAGAUUACAUAACCGGGGGCCUCCUGGCAGGCACUGUGGCUUCUAUUGUCUCGUCACCGUUAGACGUUGUAAAGACUCAGCUGCAACUCGGUCUUAGAAAGAAUAUCCCCGAUGCGGUGCGCUAUGUCUUAGUCAAUCGUGGCACCAAAGGUUUCUUUGCCGGGGUUACGGCGAGAGUUAUGUGUACCGCUCCUGCUGGUGCCCUGUCAAUGAUCACAUAUGAAACGGCCAAGAAGUUCAUGGAGGAACGGUAA